CUUUCUUCACGGGACAAAGUCUUACACCUCGUCAGAGCUAAGAAAUGUUUCUGUCAGAGUCUGAGGAUGAGUUAGAACAGCUCCAAUCGGAUUUAGACUCUGAGAGCGAGUGCAGUCGUUGCAGUUUGGACGAGGACUACAUACCGAGGGGGCUGGCCCGAGGAUCGGAUCAGGAAGAUUUCUCUGAUGAAGACAGUUCAGAUGAGGAGUGGAAUAGUAGACCUGCAAAGAGAAGAACUGUCGGGAAACGCGGCCGCUCUUGUUCGGCUUCUCCAGUUUCAUCGCCCCUGAAAUCCCCAUCUAAGCAGUGGGAGCGGAGCCCCCUCAGAAAGAAGAUCAACUGUGCAUCUACACCCAAAAAAGGCACUUCCUCUCCCAGUACUGGCAAGAUAUCAAACACUCCACGCAGGGAAAAUCAAAGUGGAAAGAGGCAAGCAGAAAGCCGGCUUCUGAGAAACGACGAGGAUGAAGCCAGUGAUGGAGAGCGGUGGUGUAACAUCGAUGAGGAAGAUGUCGAGCCUCCUCAGCCACGGUUCAGACCUGAGAGGGAGGUGGGGCCGCAGCUGAACAGAACUGCCAAUUACACGCCACUCGAGCUGUUCCAGCUGUUCUUCUCUGUGACAGUAAUCGAUACGUUGGUAAAAAACACCAAUGCCUACGGGGAAAAGAAAAACCAAGGCCAGAAAAAAAGCUGGGUGCCUGUCACAACAGCAGAUAUGUACACCUUCAUCUCCCUCGUCCUCUACAUGGGUAUUGCACCGCUAAAGACUCUGAAAGACUUCUGGAGAACAUCUAAGCUAUACAGCCUGCCAUUUCCUGCCUCUGUCAUGCCCUGCAGACGCUUCCUCACUAUCUCUCGCAGUCUCCACAUGAAUGAUCCUGCAGUUGAGGCAGCCAAUGACCAGAAAAAGGGGACGCCAGGGUAUGAUAGACUUUGCAAGAUAAAGCCACUAUAUGGGCAGAUUAUGGAGGCCUGCUACACCUUCUUUCAUCCCCACCAGCAUAUCUGCAUAGAUGAGCGGAUGGUGGCGACUAAAGCAAGGAUUGGGUUGAAGCAGUACAUUAAAAACAAGCCGACUAAAUGGGGCUUUAAGCUUUUUGUUUUAGCAGACUCCUCGUGUGGCUACACCCUGAACUUUUUUGUGCACGGGGGAAGAGACUGUGAACCCACAGGGAAGGGGGUCAGCUAUGAUGCUGUCAUGAGAUUACUCAACAUCCCCUUUCUGGGCAGAGGAUACAAGCUCUAUGUGGACAACUUUUACACCAGUCCAGGUCUUUUCCUUGACCUCCUGAAGAGAAAAAUCUGGGCAUGCGGCACUGUCCGCUCUAAUGUAGGCGGUUAUCCCAGAACAAAAAGGAAUGACAUGUCUCCAAAAACACCAAGAGGAACUAUCCGGUGGAUCAGAAAAGGAGGGUUGCUGUUUGUGAAGUGGUUAGACACAAGGGAGGUAACAAUGUGCUCCACUUUACACAAAGCAUACAGCAAUGACAUGGCGGUGCGCAAAGUUAAAGACGCAGAUGGACGGUGGACGGUGAAGGAGGUGCCUGUUCCAGGCUCCAUCAAAGAUUACAACCAGCACAUGGGAGGUGUCGACUUGUCAGAUGCACUCAUUAGCUACUACAAUGUCCUGCAUAAAACCCAGAAAUGGUACAAGACUCUGUUCUAUCAUUUUGUGGAUAUAGCCACUGUGAACGCAUUCAUCUUGCACAAAGGAAUGUGCAAACUGCAGAGUAGGCCGAUGUUAACACAGAAAAACUUUAGGGAACAACUGAUUUUGUCCCUAGCUGAGAUUGGGUCUACCCCAAACCGGUCAGCUCCACAAAACUAUAUGUUGCCAGCCACUCAUUUCAAAGUGCCCUCUGCCCCCCCAUCCAAAGUGCCUACAGUCCCGCCUGCCUCCCAGACACCCCCCUCCCUGUCCACAGCGCCACCUCCUUCUCAGUCCACUGAGGUGCCGCCUGCUGCAGCCUCAGAUGCUCCAGGUUUAGGUCACCUGCCAGCUUACUUUGUAGAACAAAUGACCAACGUGGCCCCCAGAGAUCGGGCUACUCUCGGCAGAAGGGCAUGUGUGGUGUGCAAAAGAAAAUCACCAGUCUAUUGUAGCACUUGUCAAAAAACACUUUGUUUUAAUUCUUUAAGGAAUUGUUACAGUGAGUGGCAUAGAGGCAAUAACAUCUGCAUCUGAGUGACGACACUUAAACGGAUACGUCGCCAAUUUUCAACCAGCUUUGUGUCGUAACAAUGAGGGCACUAUGUGUUGAUGAACGGUGGUAAACUUCCCUUCAUCUUAUUAGCGGCCACAUCUUCCUGCUCAUAUCUCAGUGAAAAUAUGCUUGAUGACAUCAUCUAACGGAUUUUCACUCUAGGGCUGUUAUUCGAACUAGAGAUUGUGCUUCUGCAUUUUUGUUUGCCCACCACCACGGACAGAGAGAAUACAGAGAGUAUAGAAGUAGCACAAGAGAGGACUCCCGCACCCCAAAGCUCAGACCAAACUGUAAAACUAGGCAGCGCUGAUCAAAAAUUAACCAAGACUCUGUUACUAUAUUGCACAUUUCCUGCCUAAAAUGUCCUCAGAAACAUAUUUUAGUGCACAGUUUGGCUGUAAUACAAGAAUUUGUGAACAGGAAGUGGGCCCAAUACUGUGCCAUUUCCUGUGUUGUGGAAACUGAGAUCAAACGUGUUACUGCAUUGCGUAUUUCUCGCCUCAAAUGUUCUCACAAACGUUUUUAGCUUAUUGUUUAACUCUAAUUGGAGAUCAUUUGCUUCCAGCUGGCUGCCAUAUUGUCUCCUGUGGAAAAAAGGCCAAGCUUGCAUUAUGUCACCCACCAACAGAGUGUUAAUGGGUCUGGUGUGGCCACUGCCCCUCUGUUUUCUCUUUUUAUGUAGCACCAAUGUCAGAAAUAUGUGCAUCUUUCUACUGCAUAGACAGCUCAGUGUUAAUGGAAAGACCACUGAAGCACUGAAGUACGUCUUUGACUUGUAUAUAGUCUGUAUAAAUGGCCUAUAAAUUGGUGAUUUACCCGUCAUGAACACGUGCCUUUCAUUACCACGUCGACUACUUUUUGGUUCCUUUGCCAAAGUCUCCUGUACCUAUGGUGUUACCUCAUACGUGUUUUACUUCCAGAUUACACAGAGUACUUAACAAGCCUAGAUAAAUGGUCUCUAAAUAGUAUGCAGUAUCUUAAAAUGACCAAAAUAGAAUAGAUAAUAACCUUAAAAACCUGUGGUUAGUGAACUAGAAGAGAAUUUAAAUUAAUGGAUGAAUCUACCCAUUAUCUUGAUUGGCAGAGUGAACUGUUAAAAUAUUCCCAAGGCUUCAGUGUCCGGUCAUUACCCAUUCAAAUGCCUCAAAAUGUCUCUAAAACUCUUAAUAAAAAGCAGAGGCUUUAUAUGGAAUUGUAAAGUGUAUUACAAAGCAGGAAGCAGCAUGUUACUGCCUGGAUUAAUUACACUGAGAACGCACGUUAAUAAAUUCAGUCAAAUAUAUGAAGUCCGUGAGAAACUUGAACUGAAAACUGCAAAUGGAUAAAUAUAUACCAACUUCCACCGGGAAGUAUGCUGUGAAAAUGGAUACCUCAUGUAAUCCUCUUUUGUUAUCUGCAGCUAAGAUCCUUUCUAACAACAACCCUGGAACCUGAAAUUACCUCACCAGUGGUAAACCUAUGUGGUGAUGCUGCUGCAUGCGGGAAGUGCAUAUCGAUUUAUUUAACGUACCCUUCGUAAAUGAAUGGGGGUUUUGUACUGUAAUUUGAAGGAGAAACAAGAAACGUACUUGACUAUAAUAACUGAUGUUUUCUUACUGUUUUAUUAACUACUGAGUGUAUUUACACGUGCACUAGUCUAACCACUUUAAGUUUUAUCCUUGUGUAUUUGGAAUAUGAUGUUAUUAACAUUAGACUAACUAGAUUCAGCUCCAUUGAAUGUGGUGAAUGUGUGUUUGGUGCAGGCAUGUGUUUGUCUCCUCAGCAUCUCAGCUAAUCUUUGACAUUUCUAGUUACUGGACGUCAGCAGUUUGGUUUCUGGUUCAUUUAGCAACAACUUCCAUAACUUGAUUUCCAACAGCCACAAUAAUGUGACUCGGAUUGAGGAUGCUCCAGCACAGAUUGCGGGCAGUGAUUAGAAACUGGAUUUAAGUGUUUUAAUACCAUAGUACCUAAGUUCUCCUUCUGAGGGGUGUAUCACGAAGCAAGAUUAGUGGCCAAGCAAGGUGUGUUGAGCCUAGAGUCAGAGUUUUGCGUCCUAUGAAGGUGACUCUCUUUUAACCUGGCUAGAUCGCCAUGGUAACUUAUGCAGCAGACCUAACACUGGCCGUCUAGAUAAAUGGUACAAAGCUGGUUAUCAACUAGUUCAGCCAACUCUGGGUUUUCCUAUCCAGCCAUGCGCAGGUUCAUGGGUGUUUAUUACAAGUGACAUCAUCAGAGCCAUGAAUGAAGCAGGCUACUUCAUACAAUACGAGAUGAAGCGGUACCCAAAGUGUCUGGCACAUGAGACAGUAAGAUGUCAGUGCCGUGGGAGGUAAGCAGUACUCUGUAAUCCUAUAACGGAAAAUGUACAAACAUUGAAAGUACUAUCCAAAAAUUCAUCGUCUGCUGAGACUCACAUUACGUGUAGGUAUCACUAAGCUAUAUGUGACAUUAGUGUAGAGUAUUUUUUGCUGUUCAGUUGGAUGUAUGUCAGAUAAAACACUUUAAAGUGAUGCCAGACUGUUCCUGGUACUGAAGUAAAGAGUAGAAAAGUAGCCCAGUUAAUGACGAGAUUAUGAUGAGGUCCUUCUGACCGAAAUGUUGCAUUUAUAAUAUAUGCCUUUUCUUAGUUGUCAUCAAACAGGUGUCUCAGGUUAUUUUGAGGUGCAGCGAUGGAAUCAGAGUGUGAAAUCAGCAGCCUAAAAUAAACUUUGCAUGAGUUAAACUAGUGCUAAAAUCAUUCAAUACACAGGUUACUCUUUUUCUACUUGAGUCUCUGGACUUUUGACCAUGGAUACUUUUUUUUCUUCAGUGAUCUGAUUGGUCAGAGGUCAGGGUGUUGACAUAUAACCUACUCCGGAGCAGGUUAACUGUUCAGCACAAUUAUCAUGAUGAUUCCGGUAAAAAGAGAACCAGCUUCAUAGUGCUGAAAACUCAUGAAGUUAACUCGCUAACUCCAAAUCCUGCUUCGUAGUACAGGCCUCUGGUCAGCAGCAGCUUAUGUUCUGUGUUUCGGCUAAAAAGCACCCUUCAUUGCUCCUUUGAGUAGCGCCACACUACAGUCAAUAUUCCAUAUAUGAGCAAUACAGACUGUCAGCUGAAGGAAGACGUUAUAAAUGCACUUUAUCCAAACUUGUUGAGCUGUAAGCAUUAAAACAGAAAGACAGUCAUUCUAUUUCUAUGGUGCUAAUGUUACAUACACGCCCCUGAACAAAGGCGUGCAAUUACAGUAGGCUAGUCUUUACUGUGUGCAUUAUGUUAUAUAUUUUUUUUUUUUUGCACGGGAAUCUACAGUACAUCACUAAUGUAGAAAGUCUGAGUUAGAAUAUUGUUUUAUGUUAUUUGCAAGGUUGUUGUUGCUCUCACUGCUGAAUAUGUUUGUAUUCUCUGGUCCGUUUGCUCACACUGGUUCUGAAAGAUGCCUUUUAUAAAAUCAGGUAGCAUACAGUUCAUUAUAUUAUUAACCAGGAUGAUGUUUGUAUGUUUAUAUGCAUAUGAAAUGUGAUGUAAUUCCUGCAAACCACCAUAAAGUCACCACUUUGGGUUAGGUUUUACACUUCCUGAUUUUACUGAUCCUGAUUUGCUGAAGUCUGUUUUACACUGCUGGUAGCUGAUAUUACAGCCGAUAGAAAACAGAUUAGAAAAUUGAUUAGUCUGUUGAUAUUAAAUAACUAACCGUUCAAUCGGUAAAAUUAAUUUUAAUUUGAUUUGCCUCAAAACUUACGGGAUUCCCCGUCUCCUUCGUCAUGGGACCGUAAAUGCAGUUUUUGAGUUUAAAUCUGUUGCUUCUAGUUUGAGAUCUGUAGAGUGUGCAACUGUUAGAAAUAGUGUAAAUAAACAUAUUCACCUAUGAGUUCACAUAUUAAUGCAAGUGCUCCUCUCUUACCUUAAAUGAAGCAUCAGUGUUGACUGUCAUACAUUUUAAUAUCCUUUAAAGGCAGACAUUACACAUCACAUACACGAUCGAUCAAUUUUAAGAGUCAAAUGACAAGCUGAACACUGGGUUAACAGAGUGAGUGGUUAACUACCUCUAUAACCUCUGACUGAGGCCUGAGGGUUUCUAGAGCCAGCUCAGGCAAAGAGAGCCAGACUCUGCUGAGCUGGCUUCGUGGCACAGCCUUCUGGUUUGGUACUUGAAUAAAACCAGGAUGUUUAAAUGCACACACGGCAUUAAAACUAGCAUCACUGUGCAUACAAACACCCUGAUUCAUUACAGGUUACCUCACUGACUCUACCUCACAUCAACACAAACUUGAAUGAUUGGAAAUGUUUUAGAUGUUGCAUUUGGCCUUCGUCCACACUGGAUGCAAACUUUAUAAAUGUUUGUGCAUAUUCAAGGAAUGUUUUACAUCUAUAAUGGAUUUUUGUAUGACAGAAUGAAAAGCAGUGACCUCAAAGAUUCAUUCUACCGUCCUUGUUGCAACAAUUCCAUCAUUUCAUUCUGGAUUAUUUUGAAUCGUUACGGACCUUAGUGCAUCUGAUUAACUUCAGUACCUCUCCAACUCUUCAAAGGUUAUUUCAUAGGGUCUUUUCUGCUGUUGUCUUUUUUUUUUUUUUUUAACACACUAUUUUAGAUAUUGUAUAUAUUUGUAUAUUGGUUGGAGCAGGGAUUUUGCAGUGUUCUGUAAAAAUUAAACACAUUUUUGGAAAGAGAUCUGCAUGUAGUGUCUUCAUUGAGUGGCGGGAUGGGUGUAGUUUGCUAAAUUAAGGUGAAAGGGAUAGUGCCCCCAAACAUGAAAAUUCAGCCAUUAUCUACUCACCCAUAUGCCGAGGGAGGCUCAGGUGAAGUUUUACAGUCCUCACAACACUUGCGGAGAUCCAAGGGGAGAGGAGGU